UCGAAAACAUGGAGGUCAAAAUUGAUAAAAAAGAAAUUCAUAAUAUUCCUGCUGUUCCUACAGCCCCUCCACCGCCGACACUGCGAAAUGAAAUAUCUUUGAGCCAUGGUAAAAACCUUAUGAAGUCUGCAGCUAGUUUAAUUGGCAACGGAGAUGAUAAAAUCAUGAAAGAAUGUGCUUUAAAUGUAUGUCAAAACUUUCUGCAUCGCUAUGAGACUGAUGGUUGUAAUUUAUCAUGGUUUUAUCAUAACAACGAUGUUCAAGCGUUCCUUCAAGAUGGACCAACGUAUGUCAUGUGGUGUAUGAAAUGCAUAUUAAUAUGUCAAUAUUUGUAUCAAUUAUGGAUUUAUUGCUAAAGUUCUAUAUAUUAAAAUAUUCCAAAAUGACGUCACAAGAAUCAGGAUUGAUUUGGGAUUAGGAUUACAAGGAUUAGUUUGGGACUAAAAAUCACUGCAUUCACAGUGAAGUUUUUGAUAUGGAAAUUGCCCCCAAUUAUCAAAUUAAUUCAAUUAUCUAUUUUGCUAAUUAUAUCAAACCCAGAUCAGUGAUCAAACCAUUGGCAAAUGUAAAAGGAUGUUGACACCUCCCACUUUGGACCUCUAUUUCAAUAUUAUCUGUAUAUUUAGCUCAAUCACAUGGAUUGUUAAUGUCGGGGUGAAAAAUUUGAAGCAAAGGCCCUUCAUCACAAAGAUAGUAAUUAUUUACCUUUUCCCAAGUAAAAUGUCCCCACUCAUUGUUUUAGUUGUGGAUUAGUUGCUCUAAAACUUGCUGCAGAUAUUCUGAAAAUCUCUCCAUCAAAAUCCACCAAAGAAAUUGAAGACCUUGUAAAAGUUGCCCAAGAAAAUGGCUUUACUUGUCAUGGAGAAAUGUUCUCUGCUUGGGAUAUGGGAUCACUAGCAAAGAAAUAUUAUAAACUGAAGUUUGAUGUUGUUAGUAAUGGUCUUGAGGAUUAUAUGCAAUUAAUAAAACAUUUAUACAGAGGUUAUCCUGUGUUGGUUCCCUAUGAUGCAGAUAGAAAUCAUGAACCAUGUUUAAAAAGAGGUCACAAAGCACAUUGGGCAGUUAUAACAGGUACAGUAAGUUAAAAUCUAUCAAUCAGCAAAUCAAUUGUUAAUUAUUAUAAUAAAGUAUAAAGUUUAACAUAAUUAUUUUCUGUCAUUUAGGGUUCCUCAUUGGUUUAAAAGAUGAGAACAUUUCACUGACAGAUGUACCUACAGAUGGUAGAGAUGGUACUGAUACAUCAAUACAUCCAUUUCAUCUUGCCGAAGGACAGAUUCCUGGGUUAUUUGAAACUAAACAUUUGUUUCUCCUUGCCAGACAAGGGAAGUCUAGACAUUAUGCUGUGUGGCAUUGGGUUAACUUGAAUAAUAGCAAUAAAAAUUUAUUUGAAUUUGAUCAAGCAGGAAUAAGCGACUCUGAAAAGACGAAGUGUAUAUUUACCGAGGGUGUGCAACCUGGACUUUGUUCAAAAGUUGUACUUCUUUUCCCAUAAGGUGAAAGUAACAGUAACAUUUUGCAAACUUUAAUUUUGUUGAAUCUUACAACUGAUUCUCAAUUUAAACAAAAACAUGUUCUCGUACAAUGCUGUACAUGUCUCUUUGAAAAUUAAUUUGUCUUAUAAUCAUAUCUGAAUUCAUUGUCUGCUUUGUGCCAGCAAGCAUUUUAACACUAAAUUUUAUUUACAAGUUAAACUGUUUUAAAGAAGAAACCAUUGUAAUUUGUUUUUGUUUGGUUAUUUCAUAAUUUGCAUAUAAUCAGGAUUGAUGUUCUCCUUGUCGACAAGGGCGUAUUGACGCAACAACAUUCUUGUCUUUGGGCAUUCAGAACAGCACUGUGCAGCUACUUUUGACAACGUUGUUUUCAAAUUUUCCACAUUUCUUCUCAGGCUCUCAAGAUUUUGUAAUUUCUCAAUCUUUCCAAUUUUAAGGUUCUCCUCUUUGCUUUUCUGUUUCAAUCUGAACUGUCGACUACAUUCUCUGUUUUUUUCUUUUCUUCUCUUCAUCCGCUGUAGUUUUUCCUGAUCCAUACCUAGUUCAUGCUUCAAAAAACAGAACUCUUAACUUUGUUUGAAGUUGAUUUGGUACAACAUUACAAAGAUUACUUCAUACUGUAUUUCACAUAUGUUACCUGUUCUGGUUGCAUGAAUGCACUGUUAUCCACUGUCCCAUGGUAACUCUCUCUGACCGAAUAUUCUAACUUGGGAUAUAUACAAUAAUCAUGAUCAACAAUAUUGCUGCCAUGUGUGCUUGAUUGGCCAAAAGAAAACGAAAUAGGCUGGCUAGCCUCAUCAGCCACAUUGGUAGAGUUCAGUACAGUAAGGGUUAGGGUGGACUCGUUUGUUGGGUGUAUGUCAGCAUUAAUGCACUGUUGAAUUGGACUAAUUGGUGGUACACUUUCAAUCUGCAUGUGAGAUGAGAAUGAAUCUGUAGGAGUAUCUUGGUAACUUCCAUGAGUCCAGUUUUCUAAACUGUGUCCAUGUUCUGGAAAAAUAUUAAGGUUAGGAGUUUAUUAACGCUGUGGUACUAGAAUUGACAGUGGAAAACGAUUUUGGUAUAUUUAUGUUUCAUUUGUGAAACUUUUUGUGACUUGUAAAUAUGUUUAGUGAUCCAAAGCAUCAAUGGACAGAUUUGUGAACGGAAUCAAAUAUAUUCAACAAAAUAGAGUGUAAUUUUAUUUUUA